GCGGCAUGGCGGCUCGGCGGGGCGGCACCGGGGGCGGCACCGGGGGCGGCACCGGGGCGGGACCGGGCGGGCGGAGCCCCAGCACGGCGGCCCGGGCCCAGCGCCGGCCCCGACCCGCACCGGCCCCUCGGGCCCUUCCCGGGCUCCGCGCCCUGACCCCGCCGAUCCCGGUCCCGGCACACCGCUGCUCCCCGGGCCGCCUGCGGAGCCGCACCGGAACCCCGCGCCGGAGCCCGGAGCGCGCCCGGCACCCCCGACCCCGCCGCUGCCCGGGGCCGCUGCCGGUGCGGCCAUGGCCGGCGGGGCCCGGGGCGGGCGCGGGGCCCCCUGAGCGCCCGGCACCGGCGGGGACCGGGCCGGCACCGAGCGGCCAGGUGAUGGCGGAGCAGCGAGAGGAGGACCGGGACUACCGGGAGUACCGGCGGCUGGAGGAUGGGGAGGAGGACUCGCCCCCCGGCGAGGAGGAGGAGGAGCAGCUGCUGCUGCACGUCACCGAAGGACCGACAGACUCGUGGCACCACAUUAAGGACCUGGACAGUUUCUUCACCAAGAUCUACCAGUUCCACCAGAGGAACGGCUUUGCCUGCGUCCUGCUCUCGGACGUGCUCGAGCUGCUGCAGUUCCUGUUCGUGGUCACCUUCAGCACGUUCCUGCUGUGCUGCGUGGACUACGACGUGCUGUUUGCCACGCGCCCGCUCAACCACAGCCACGUCCCCGAGCGCGCCAAGGUGACGCUGCCCGACGCCGUGCUGCCCGCCCCGCAGUGCGCCCGCAGGCUCCGUGGCAGCGGGUGGCUGCUGUUCCUGCUGGUGCUGGCGGGCGCAGUCUGGCUGUGCCGCCUGGUCACGGCGCUGCGGCGCCUCGUGGGCUACUGGGAGAUCAGGAGCUUCUACAUCCGCGCGCUCGGCAUCCCCGCGGAGGAGCUGUGUAACCACAGCUGGCAGUCGGUGCAGGCCCGGCUGCUGGCCCUGCAGCGGCGCCAGCCCCUGUGCGUGCCGCGCCGGGAGCUGACGGAGCUCGACAUCCACCACCGCAUCCUGCGCUUCCGCAACUACACCGUGGCCAUGGUCAACAAAUCCCUGCUGCCCGUGCGCUUCCGCCUGCCGCUGCUGGGCCCCGUGGUCUUCCUGACGCGCGGGCUGCAGUUCAACCUGGAGCUGCUGCUGUUCCGCGGCCCGGCCGCGCUCUUCCAGAACACCUGGAGCCUGCGGCCGCAGGUGAAGCGGGCGGGCGCGCGGCGGGCGCUGGCGCGGGGGCUGGCGCGGGCGGCCGUGCUGCUGGGGGUGGCCAACCUGGCGCUGUGCCCCUGCGUGCUGGGCUGGCGCCUGCUGCUCGCCUUCUUCAGCUACGCCGAGGGGCUGAAGCGGGCGCCGGGCAGCCUGGGCGCGCGCCGCUGGUCGCUCUACGCGCGCCACUACCUGCGCCACUUCAACGAGCUGGGCCACGAGCUGCAGGCGCGGCUGGGCCGCGGCCACGCGCCCGCCACCAAGUACAUGGACUCCUUCAGCAGCCCGCUGCUGGCCGUGCUGGCUCGCCACGUCGGCUUCUUCGCCGGCUCCGUGCUGGCCGUGCUCAUCGUGCUCACCGUGUACGACGAGGACGUGCUGACGGUGCAGCACAUCCUGACGGCCAUCACGCUGCUGGGGCUCGUGGUCACCGUGGCCAGGUCCUUCAUCCCGGACGAGCACGCGGUGUGGUGCCCGGAGCAGCUGCUGCAGCGGGUCCUGGCCCACGUCCACUACCUGCCCGAGCACUGGCAGGGCCGUGCCGGCCGCGCCGAGACACGAGCAGAGAUGGCACAGCUCUUCCAGUACAAGGCGGUUUUCAUCCUGGAGGAGCUGCUGAGCCCCCUCGUGACCCCCCUGAUCCUCAUCUUCGCAUUCCCCCCCCGCGCCCUCGACAUCGUGGACUUCUUCCGCAACUUCACGGUGGAGGUGGCGGGGGUGGGCGACAUCUGCUCCUUCGCGCAGCUGGACGUGCGCCACCACGGCAACCCGCAGUGGCUGUCCGAGGGACACACGGAGGCGCCCCCGGAGCGCCAGGCGGAGCACGGCAAGACGGAGCUGUCGCUGAUGCGCUUCGCCCUGAGCAACCCGCGCUGGCGGCCGCCGCCGCCCGCCCGCCGCUUCCUCGGCCACCUGCAGGCGCAGGUGACCCGCGACGCGGCCACCGCGCCCGCGUCCCUGCUGCCCGAGGACUCGGCGCUGGCGCCCGAGGCGCUGCUGAGCAGCGUCCUGGCGGCCGGCGGGCUGCUGGCCCGGGGGCAGCCCUGCAGCACGGCCAGCGCCACCGCCAGCCUGCUGGCGUCCCUGCGGACCCCGCUGGGCACCCCGCCCUGCGCAGCCCCCGACAGCCCCGCCGAGCACCCCGAGGACAGGCCGGCGCUGAGUGAGUCGCGGCUGCGCAGCCUGAGCCGCUCGGCGCUGCUGGCCGAGGUGGCCUCCGCCGAGAUGAGCCUCCACGCCAUCUACCUGCACCAGCUCCACCAGCAGCAGCAGCAGCAGCCGCAGGGCCCCGGCCCGCAGCCCGCGGGGGCACCCAAACACCCCUUCGUGACCACAGGCUCGGCUGCCCGCGCCUCGCAGCUGCGGGAGAUGCCGCUGGGCGGGUGGGCCGAGGAGGAAGAGGAGGAGGAAGAGGAGACGAUGACGUAGCCGGGCCCGGCGCCGGGUCCUGGUUGUGCCGAGACCCCCCGGAGGUGCCGGGGGAGCCGCCAGGGGCACAGUGGGGGGCUCGCCGUGCCCACUAUGCUGCCAGGGGGGCCCUGUCUGUAGGAGCCCCCUGCUCGGGGCGUCCCUGGUGCCCCCAC